UAGGUUAGAAUGCGAAAUAUUUAUGAAGUUUCGUACGUGACCAAAAGAUUAGUGGAACGUUGUUGAUUGUUUUCCGAAUUUAUCACCCUUAUUUUUGUUUUAAAAUUAAUUUCAGUGAUAAUAGAUCAUCCUAUUUGUUCACCAGCCGUGUGUCACCUCGAGUGUGUGAGUACGACGAGCCGGUGUUCAAAUAAAAUUCAGUUUCUUUGCUACGUGACUGGUGAGCGUGUUCAGUUACAAUGGCUGGCAGCAAUCCAUACAAUAAAUUUUUGAAAACCUUAAGUUCGGGUGGAAAAGAAUACAACUACUAUGAUAUAUCUGUAUUAGGAAAACAGUACAACCGUUUACCUUACUCCAUUCGUAUUCUUCUGGAAUCAGCUGUUAGAAAUUGUGAUAAUUUUUCCGUAAAAGAACAAGAUGUUGAAAAUAUUCUUAACUGGGAAACCAAUCAAACCCAUGAAGAAGGCAUUGAAGUGCCGUUUAAGCCUGCAAGAGUUAUUUUACAAGAUUUUACUGGUGUACCUGCGGUAGUUGACUUUGCUGCAAUGAGGGAUGCAGUUAAAAACUUAGGAGGAGAUCCUGAGAAGAUUAAUCCCAUUUGCCCUGCUGAUCUUGUUAUUGACCAUUCUGUUCAAGUUGAUUUUGCUAGAUCGGAAGAUGCGCUGCAGAAAAAUCAAGACUUGGAAUUUGAGAGGAACAAGGAAAGAUUUAUGUUUUUAAAAUGGGGAGCAAGAGCUUUUGAUAAUAUGCUAAUUGUGCCUCCGGGAAGUGGUAUUGUGCAUCAAGUCAACUUAGAAUAUUUGGCCAGGGUUGUGUUUACAGGCAAAGAAACACCAAUUUUAUAUCCAGACACUGUUGUUGGUACAGACUCCCAUACCACCAUGAUCAAUGGAUUAGGUGUAUUAGGCUGGGGUGUAGGAGGUAUUGAAGCAGAAGCUGUCAUGCUGGGACAGUCCAUAACUAUGUUAUUACCACAAGUAGUUGGCUAUAGACUUCAUGGCGCUUUAGGACAAUACGUCACUUCGACAGAUUUAGUUUUAACAAUUACAAAGCACUUGAGGCAGUUGGGUGUAGUGGGUAAAUUUGUGGAAUUUUAUGGUCCAGGCGUUUCAGCACUGUCCAUUGCUGAUCGCGCUACCAUCUCUAAUAUGUGUCCCGAAUAUGGCGCUACUGUAGGAUUCUUUCCUGUUGAUGAGAACUCUUUGAUUUAUUUACGCCAAACAAAUCGACCUGAGGAACAAGUACAAUUAAUCGAAUCGUACCUGCGAGUUACAAAGCAACUGAGAAACUACGCGGCUGAGGAGGAAGACCCGAUAUUCAGCGAAACGGUCACUUUGGAUUUAUCCACCGUAGUAUCGUCUGUGAGCGGACCUAAGAGGCCAAACGACAGGGUGUCGGUUGCUGAAAUGAAGUCGGAUUUCUUGAACUGCCUCAGCAAUAAGGUUGGAUUCAAGGGCUUUGGUAUACCCGACGACCGACUCAGCACCAGGUCAAAAUUCCUCUUCGAUGGAAAGCAAUAUACAAUUGGCCAUGGAAGUGUCAUUAUAGCUGCUAUCACUUCUUGUACGAACACCAGCAAUCCCAGCGUUAUGCUUGGAGCGGGUCUUUUAGCAAAGAACGCCGUUGCAGCAGGGCUUACAGUUCAACCUUAUAUCAAAACCAGCCUUUCUCCCGGCUCUGGUGUAGUAACGUACUACUUACGAGAAUCCGGUGUUAUUCCCGCACUGGAACAACUUGGAUUCAACAUAGUCGGUUACGGAUGUAUGACUUGUAUCGGAAAUAGCGGAGGUAUCGACGAGAAUAUUGCGAGUGCCAUCGAGCAGAACGAUCUUGUUUGUUGUGGUGUACUGUCAGGUAACAGGAAUUUUGAAGGAAGGAUUCAUCCAAAUACUAGAGCAAACUAUCUGGCUAGUCCUUUGUUGGUUAUUGCUUAUGCUAUUGCUGGAAGGGUGGAUAUCGACUUCGAAAUUGAACCUAUUGGUAAAAAAUCAGAUGGCACGGACAUUUUCCUAAGGGACAUAUGGCCAACACGGGAUGAUAUUCAAAAAGUCGAAAAGCACUAUGUUAUUCCAGCCAUGUUCAAGGAGGUUUAUUCUAGAAUCGAAACUGGAUCUUCCAAGUGGCAACAGCUGAAUGCACCUGCUGGUCAACUAUAUCCAUGGUCGGAGGAGUCGACUUAUAUCAAGAGACCGCCAUUCUUCGAUGGCAUGACGCGCGAUUUGCCCAAAACUAAGCCAAUCGACGGUGCCAAAGUACUUUUGUUUUUGGGCGAUUCCGUGACCACAGAUCAUAUCAGUCCGGCAGGUUCUAUUGGAAGGGCAAGUCCAGCAGCCAGAUUUUUGGCUUCCAAGGGACUGACACCUAGGGAAUUCAAUUCCUACGGAUCUCGAAGAGGAAACGACGCUAUAAUGGCCAGAGGUACUUUUGCCAAUAUUCGUUUGGUGAACAAAUUUAUGAGCAAAGCCGGUCCAAAGACUUUAUUCUUGCCAACGAACGAGGAGAUGGACGUAUUUGAUGCUGCCCAAAGGUAUGCAACACAAAGCACACCUCUAAUCAUUAUUGCCGGCAAAGAUUACGGAUCGGGAUCGAGUAGAGACUGGGCUGCUAAAGGACCAUUUUUAUUGGGUAUAACUGCAGUAAUAGCUGAAUCGUUUGAACGUAUCCAUCGUUCAAAUUUGGUGGGAAUGGGUUUGGUGCCUCUGCAGUUCCUGCCUGAACAAAAUGCCGAAACUUUAGGCUUAACCGGAAAAGAAACCUACACGAUUCAUUUACCCGAAAACUUAAAGCCAGGACAGCAUAUUCAGGUGUCCACAGAUUCUGGUAAAACAUUUGACGUCAUCUUACGAUUCGACACUGAAGUAGAUUUGCUGUUUUAUAGAAACGGUGGUAUAUUGAACUACAUGGUGCGUAAGUUACUUAGUUAGAAAAACACAUAGAAAAUAUGAAUUUUAAUAAAGACACAAAACCAGAUUUUAAACUAUAGUAAGUUUAUUUUAAUAAUUUUGCACGUUUAAAGCAAUGCUUUCGUAUAGUUUUUUACACUUCAUAUUUUAACAUCUUUUUAUUCAUACUCAUGUUAUCUGUUUGUAAUAUCUGGUUAAGGGACUGAAAUUGUUUUGUUUACACAUGUUAUAUUUUAAAAUUACUAAAUAGAGGGUCUUCUUUUUAGAUUUUAAAGCAAUAUAUUUUUUAUCAGUUGAGUAAAAUCUAGUCAAAUGUACAAAAGUUUUAUGGUAGUUGGUACUUAAUUUUGUCCUUUUGGUGUUUACUAAUAUUUAUAAAAUUAUUUUCGAAGGAGACCUAAUAUUUGUAUCAGAUUUUUUAUGUUAAACCAUGUUUUAUUUGGUUAAUAUUUCUAGUUGUUGUUAUAUCAAGAUUAAAUGUGGUGUAAGUUCAA